UUGAUAAUCAAGCUCGAGAUCACUCUAACUCGAAACAGAUCUGUGUAGUUUCAAUCCUGGAGGCCAGUCACAAGAUUCCUCGCGUUUAUUUGGCGAUUGCGCUCAGCAAACGCUCUCCCUGACGAUCUUCGGAGACAUGAUGACGUAUGGAGGGACUCGCACCCAAAUAUAGGGAUAUAAACCCAACUUGGUUGUUCGCAUCGCAUUCUUAAUGGCCGAGAGUCCUUGUGCGAAAUGGAUGAACACAACGUGGCCGCUGGCACCUCGCCGCCGGUCAACCAUUGGAGCGAGACUAGCAAGGCUGGGGCUACAGAAAAGGUCAGGCGAAUACCUCCCAAAAAACGCACCCAAGUCGCCAUGCCUCAAAUGGAACCUAAUGAGAUUCUGGAGGGUGAUGCGCUCGUUGACGAGCUUGAAGGCUUUGCGGUCGGCACCUACCGUAAUUCUUUCUCAACCAGCCUGCUUAUUCGACAAGAGAAGGAGCUCAUGGCUUCCCGCAAUAAGAUCAAGAUCGCGACUGAGAAGGCGCGGAAUGAAGCGCCCAUAGUCUUGGAUAGAUAUGAUGUCCAAGUUCAACAGGAGGUGGGACAAACGCAAUGCAAACAUGCGAUUCUAGUGCCGAGGACAUACCAAGAAGAGAUGGUAGGAUUCGCAAAGAAGCAGAACGUGCUGGCAUGCUUCGAAACAGGGGCUGGAAAGACGCUGGUCGCAGUUUUGCUUAUCCAGCAUAUGCACGACUUGGAACUAAAGCGCGUACAGGCACUCGAGCAAGCCGCUACAGAGGGGGAGAGCCGGAAUGCCACCCUCGAGGUUGUCGGAAUUAUCAAGGCAGAAUCGAUGCCUGUGCUAAGGUGCGACGAUCAUGUUCCCUGGACUAGAGUCAAGCGGAAGGUUUGCAUUUUCCUGGUCAAUCUCGUCAACCUUGUUCAUCAGCAAGCUGCUGUCAUUGAGAAGAAUACUAAUCUCAAGACGACCCGCCUGUUUGGAGAGCUUGGUGCUGACCUCAACAACCCUGCCGCGUGGCAAAAAAUCUUGACUAGCUUCGACUGUAUUGUUGCGACUUCUCGCAUAGUCCUCGACGCUUUGAUUCAUGGGUUUGUUCGAAUCACUGAUUUCCAUGUCAUCGUACUCGAUGAGGCACAUCACGCAGUAGGCGAGGACAACUAUGCACGCAUCAUGCAUUGGUAUCGCGGAGCAAAGCCUGAAGAUCGUCCCAAGAUUUUUGGAAUGUCUGCAUCGCCUAACAAGUCUGGCAAGAACUUUCGGUCGGCGGCCAAACAGCUGGAGGCUACUCUGGACUGCAAGAUCAUGACAGCGUCUGAAGACACAGCGGCAGAACUGGACAGCUAUGUCAACACACCGAAGAUCUUCGUCAUCAACUAUCCCAAAGCCGAAGCUUUGCCCAUCAGUCAGUUGACAGACGUCAUCAUUCAGACUUGUCACGGCUUGAAAAAGUUUGAAGAGGUCUUGAACAAGGCAAUGCAAAUCCAUGCCGAGUUCGGACCUCUAACUGCAGACCUGAUCUGGGCUGGCGCUCGCAACUGGGGUCGGGGUCGAAGCCGCAGAUCCGGAAUCUACGCCAGGAGCAGACAUGGCGCUGAGAAAGACAUUGCGCUCCCUGACUUUGUCCAGACGGUGGAAGAGACGGAUGUGGAUGGAGACGACACUGCUAUCGGGAAGCAAGUCAUCGACAUGGUCAGUGAAGACUUCGUCAACAAAGUACAGUCAGUCAUGGACCAAAGAGAUGACGACGAUGACGGACAGGUAGCCAUGCACUCUCAAAUUGGCUUAAGCAGAGGGGCCAUCCUGGCGCAAAGGCAGAUGGAUAGCCUUACCAUCCAUAGGGUGAUCGGCUCAAUCGUGCGCAGGGGGCCUCCGCUUCCCGACACGCUCCAUCCCACCCACGAUAAUUGCACGCCAAAAACGCUACGUCUCCUCGACGUCCUCAAGUGCUUUGGCUCGAAUGAAAUGGCAGUCGUCAAUUUCCACGGCAUCAUCUUUGUCGAGCGCCGUGCAGCUGCUGCCGCUCUCGCCGAGCUCAUCAAGCGUAUCGAAGGGCUCAAAUGGGUCAAGUGUGAGGCUCUCGUUGGACACAAUUCCACAGAUGCCGAAGGAAUGAAUUACAAGUCGCAAGAAGAGGUACUCGCUCGUUUCCGCAAGCGGAGACUGAAUCUCUUGGUCGCUACAAGCGUUCUCGAAGAGGGCCUAGAUGUGUCACCGUGCAACCUUGUUGUGAGGGCAGAUCCAGUCUUUCGGUUGAUCAGCUUUGUACAGUCCAAGGGGCGUGCUAGACAUGUCGAUAGUCGCUUCGUGAUGAUGGUCGAGGAAGGCUCCGAGAAAAGUCGACGGGACUUGCUCCAGCUUGCCAGCGACGAUGGAGAUUUACGCGAGUGGCUUAGGGCGAAGUCCAAAAAUGAAAACAUCAAGAUGAAGCUAGCUGAAAAAGCAGCAGUGGCAGGAAAUCCGCAAUCCUCAGUGCAACUGCUGUUCCCUGAGGAUGAGGGGCAGGUAGUUGUCGAAGAAGCGGGCAUUUAUGAUGAGGAGCCGACCACGGGAGCUCGCCUAUACCCAACAGACUCUCCAGCUCAUUUGGACCGCUACGUUGCGACUUUGCGCAGCGAUGCUCAUGACAUCGAAAGGGCAGACUAUGAGUUCUUUCAAGAACUCGACGGACAAGGCAUGCCUCGAUUCUACUGCAAGGUGCGCCUGCCGGGCAAUGCAAAGCUACGCUCCUUCAUUUCCGAGGCUGCUCGCACAAAGCGUCAAGCUCGUCGCAUGGCGGCCUUUCUAGCGUGCCGUGAGCUGCGCAAGAUCGAUGAGCUGAAUGAGCACUUUCUCCCGAAGCCGAUCCUAGAAUUGGGAACGGAGCUUCCGUUCGAGCGUGAGCGCCAGACCGGAAAGCGCGUGGCAACCCGAGUAGCUGUGAAGCUGUACAUGGGCAAGAUCAGUGAACAGUUUAUAUACAGAGCGCCUCCGGGGUUGUCAACGACAUCGGGGAUUGUCAAAUAUACGUCGAUUUUGCCCAUGCCUUCGAUUCAAGGCAACUCCUCGUGUCCACUGUGCCUGGUUCUACACACUCCCUUCCCAAGCAUACGCAGCUUUGACGUGUUCUACCAGAGCAACCGUAUUCCCUUUCCCGACAUUCUCGGCGGCAAGCCUAUUCAGUUUGAUGAGGCAUCGCUUGACCUGGCGAGACAGUACACUUUGAGACUUAUUUCAUGGGUCUCGCGCAAACCGUGGACUUGCGAGGCGGAUCAGAUGCCGUUCUAUCUUCUACCUCUAAGGGAAGAGAAUAGAAAUGUGUCCGAAAUGUCGUCGACUCAGGAACUUGACUGGGAGCAGAUUGAGCAAGGUACCAACGAUCGGCCGGUGCUCUUGCGUGAAACAGACCGCAUGGAGGAUCCGUUGAAUCGCCUCAGUGACCGUAUUAUUACGCAAAGACUCGAGGAGAGGCAAUGCACCAGUUAUGUGCUCUCCAAUGUCUCGGAGGAAUACAACAUUCAUAGCAUGGCGCCACAGUCCACUCGCGAGGGCAACGCCGGCAUGACUUUCUUCGAAUAUUACCGCGACGUCGUCAGCAGAAACAGCCUCGUAAAGCCGGAAGCGCCCACUGAAGACACAAGGAUGCUGGAGGUGCUACCAUUGGAGCGUUUCCAAAAUGCGCUGGUUAUGUCGAGCAAGAAGUCUCGGGUCAUCUUUCGCUCCCCAAAAGCCUACAUCAUGAGCCACUUCUGUGUUUUACAAUCUCUCAGAGCGAGCACAUGCAGGGCAGCUUUGCUUGCACUGUCCGUCAUUGCUCGCAUGGACCAGUCGUUUCUUUCUCGCGAGUGCAGAAGGCUUGUCUUCCCGCCGUGCAUGGGCAGAGUGGUCACCGAAGAUCUGAUGAUGACAGCUCUUACGACUGCAGCGGCGAAUCAAGGCUUCGAUUACCAACGUCUCGAAUUCAUCGGCGACACCUGUAUUAAGCUGCUAGCUACGUGUCACGUUUUCGCUAGCAGUGCUGCGUUUAACGAAGGGGAGCUUCAUCUUGCCCGCAGAGAAAUCAUUUCAAACGCAAAAUUGCUCAAGAAGUGCGAGGAGCUCGAGCUGUGGCGAUACAUGCAAGGCGACUCCUUCAAUCAUCGGACUUACCAGCCCCCCAAUUUUGUGGAGAUCACUGCCCCUGCGAGCCAUCGCAAUCCCACGUGCAUGGUCACGCAGGUACAAAAGAAAGAGGCGAACGAAAUGGACGAGGGCGACGAGGAGGCAGCCGGUGAAGACCAAGGCAGGGUCCAAGUCGAAGAGGUCUACCCAAAGGACCACCCGGGCCCAUUUCGCCCUACGAUGCUCUCGGACAAGUCCCUCGCUGAUGUCGUCGAGGCACUGGUAGGAGCAGCCUACGAAUGCUCUGGACUCCCUGGGGCCUUGAAGGCCGCUGUGCGCCUGGAUGUCCUCCCGACUGCUGUGUCUGAACUAGGUGACUACAGCGACAUUUAUGCAAAACAAGUUUCAGAGGAGAUUGCAAACGACAAUUGGGAUGCACGUGUCUCACAAGAGGCCCUCAAGAUGCUCGAAGAGCACCUUCUUUACAAAUUCAAACGACCACACCUUGCACUCAUGGCCAUGACUCACUCUUCACGGCUGGCUUCUGUACUGCCAUCCUAUGAGAGAUUGGAGUUCCUGGGCGAUGCACUCCUCGAUUAUCUUGUCGUCGAAUACUGCUACAAAAAAUACCCGCAUCUCAAUGAAGGCAGCCUGACAAAUUUGAAAGGCUUGAUGGUGGCAAACACAGGCUUGGGUGCUCUUUCUGAGGUACUCGAGCUCCCGAAGUUCCUGUCGCUUGGUUCAGAGCCGCUUCGCACCGCCAUUGACAGGUACAUCAAGGAGGUGUCCGACCUACGCAAAGCCGAAAUGGCGAAGCCGCUGGAGGAGAGACAACCGUAUUGGCAGCAUCUGAGUCCGCCAAAGGCAUGUGCCGACAUUGUCGAGAGCUUACUAGGAGCUAUGCUCGUGGACUCGGAAUUCAAUAUGGAGUGCAGCAAGAAGUUCUUCGAAAUGCGCGUUCAACCCUUUCUAGAGAUGUUCUGCUCGCGCCAGGAUCUCCCGGCCAGCAAUCCGACUUCCUUCCUCGCCAUGAUCCGGUCUCGCGGCUGUCACGGAUUCCGACUCGAAAUCACCGAUAUGAGCACGCUUCAUGCUGAAGCCAAAGCCACCGGCAAGAGGCUGUGGAAGGAUGCACCAAAGGCCGGCGCGCACUGCCGUUUCCUCCUGCACGGGCGUAUGCUUUCUCAGACGAUGCAAGGCUCGCGCAAAUCUGCGGUGCUCGAGGCGUGUCGCAAAGCCGUCAAGCACUUGCAAGACAAUGAUUGGGAGCCACUGCAAGAGGCGUGCAACUGCAGGGUCAUCGAGAUCGAUGAUGCCGACUGGGAUGCCGAUAUCGAAGAAGAGGUGCAAACAGAGGAGCGAAGGAACGACCCAAGACUCGCUGAAGGGAGGAAGGCUGCAGACGGCAACGUCAUUGCUUUCCCGGAAGGCGCUCCUAAAGAGGCUGGCCACUCAUGUGGAAUGCCUCGCGACCCAUACCAACCGCAACAACAUGCGCUUGGAUGAUCUGCAUAGCCAUGAUCAACAUUUAGCACCGCUUAGGCCACCUCGAAAAGAGGUCCAACACGCAUUUGCAUUUGA